AUAGAAGAGCGAUAGAGGAAAAGAGUCCAGAAAUAAGUGAAUUUGUUUCAUUUGUGAAGCGAUUUAAUUAUAAAUCAUGUCUUACUGGUUCCACAGAAACCCUCUUAAGGCUACGGCUAAUCUGACUUUUGAGUUAGCAGGCGUGUCAACGGACGACAAAACAAGACAAAUAUUCGCUCAAAUGCGUCAGACGAGGGGCAAACUGCUUGAACUGUUAACAGAUCCUAACCAUGAAACCCUGACUGUGGAAAAGGCUGUCAAUGAUUACUUUUCUCUGCUUCUGGGGUUGAUACAGCCAUUUGAGGAAAAUGAAUCUGAAAAUAAACUCAGGAGAGCCAUAAAAUAUAGAUGGACUAACAGCUUACUAGGAAAUGCUGUCAAGGAGCAGCAGGAUUCCGUUUUUGAAGCUGCAAGUAUGGCGAUUAAUGUGGCAUUAUGGUACACCAAACAUGCUGCUAAGUUAGCUGCCAAAGAAGAGCCAGAUAUGGAAGAAGCAAAAGAGGUACACAAAUGUUUGAAGAUUGCUGCUGGGAUAUUUACGUAUGUUAAGGAUGAUUUGAUUGGACGCCUGUCUGAUAAUACAGAGAAUGCAAUAGACACAGACAGUCGUGUUCUGGAUGCCUACAUUUAUCACUGUACUGGGGAGGCACAGGAGGUGACAUUGGCUCGAGCUGUUGAGAUGAAACAUUCUCCUAGCUUAAUCGCUGCUCUGUCUUACGAGACCUCCCAGCUGUAUCAAAAAGCAGAUGAUGCUCUGCAGAGUCUGGACAUCAAAGUAGUUGGGAAAUGGAGGAAAUACUUCCAGCUGAAGUGUGAAUUUUACAAAGCUUAUGCCUACUGCUAUCAGGGAGAGACUUUAUUGGCACAGGACAAAUGUGGAGAGGCUGUACGUGGUCUGCAGGAAGGGGUCAAAUGUUAUGAGAAAUCUGAAGCACUCUGCAAGGAAUAUGCCAGUACUAAAGGCCUUGGUACAUUUGCAAGACCAGCCAAUCAUCUUUUCUUCAGAAAGUUAGGACCAGUUCUAAAAAGAACACUGGAAAAAUGUGAAAGGGAGAAUGGAAUGAUCUACCACCAAAAAGUGGCAUAUGACCCUCCAGUUCUAGAGUUAAAGGCUACCUAUGGACUUGCUGCCCCAGAGCCAUUUACUCCCCCAGCCCUAAAUCCUCUCUGGAGCAAAGAGGUGUAUGUAAAAAUGAAUGCCAAAAUGGCGCCAAAGCCAGAAAAUGACAAAGACAAGAAAGAUAAGCCGGCAGAACUGCCCCCAGUGAAGGAGAAAGAAACUCCAAUGUCUGAGAAAGAUCCCGGGACAUUCAGUGGAUGUGUGAUGUCAUAAAAGACAGACUUGUUAUAAAGGACAGAAAACCAGACAUUCAGUAUCAGCGAUGUAUAACACAAUGUAACUCGUGUUUUCCAUGUGUAAAGAUCAAGAUUCUUUGAACAGAAAACUCACUUUUAUCACAAAUAGAUUAUUUUCUUUCCUUAAGUGUUUGGACUGUAAUAGAUGUAUAAGAGCAUGAUGAACAGAAAUAUUUCAUUAUAAACAUUUUUAUCAAAUUGUGAUAUGAAAAAAAGUAUUCUUAUGUAGAAGGAAUUUAUAAGGAUUUAUCUCAUAAAGUUGCAAAGCAUCAUACCGUAUAAGCAGAAUUUUUAGCGAGGAUUUAAUUUUGGCAUUAUUAGCGAGGGCGUUGAGAUCACUAAAAUUUAAUAUCACUGAAAAUAAAAUGCGUUUUAUUUGUAAAAGCUUCUUUAGUAGGCACUUUAAAAUCGCUAAAAUUGAUUCUCGCUAAAAAAAAUUUUAAAAAGAUAAAUCGCUAAAUUUGCAUCUCGCUAAAAAGGUUAAGAUAAAGCUCUUCAAGGGCACAUAUUAAUUGUAUAAUUUUUUUUUCCAGAAUGCAGUCUUUCAUUCAUUGUUUGAUGUAUUGUAGUCAUCUUGUUAUGGCCUGUGGUUAUAAUAUUUAUGUAGAUAUAUGUAAGUAUUGUGUAUAAUUGUACAGUGUAUGUGUAGUUUUGGCUACCAUCCCUUCUUGUAACUUGUUCACAGAUUACACAUUUCCUGGACACAUGUAUUGUACUUAAUCGUGAUUCUUAUGACAGGGCAUACAUCUGUUUUCUCUGCACAUCAUACAAUAGAUAACAUUUUACAUGUAUUUCUUGAAUUUUUAUUAACAUAAUAUUGCUGCCAUGUUGUAUUAUUUGGAAUUCAUGUGAAUAUACACACUGAUCUGUAUUCAGAAGUAUAGAUUCUGUGAUUUAUUUUUAAAAUCUAGCAUCCUUUGGAUUUUAACAAGCAAAUAUUUGAUCUUGUUUGUUAAUGUUGCUUGCAGUUAGUAAUUUUAAGUAUUUAGUUUGUUAGUCAUAUCAUUUUAUUGUCCUACCAUAUACAUGUACAUAAAAUUACUAACUUGUGGACUUUGACAUCCCUGUAGACACUUCAAUUUUGUAUAUAAGUACAAAGUAUAUAGUUUGCCCCAUUUCUGUUAAAUAAUUUAGAACAAAGAUUUUAAAGUACUAAAUGAUUUUAAAAAAGAGAAAAAUUAUCAGGUUCUAUUUAACAAUGCCAUAUGAUACAAGAAUACAUAAAUUUUCCAGGCGAGCAUACAUUCAUUAUAUAAUUAAAAGAUAUUUGUUGAAAUAAACUGCAAAAUAGAUGAAUAUAUAUGUUUUCCUGUAUACAUGUAUAUCAGUGUUUCCAAUUUUUAACAUUUCAUUUCCGGGACAAGUAGAACAAAGAUGGGGAAAAUAAAGAUGUGAAUGCUUUAAAAGAA